AUGAAGUCCAAGUAAAUAUAGACCUAACAUAUUCGUCAAUUAUUUUUGUGAUUGAUCUUUAUUUAGACACGUGAAUACAGAUGAAAGUGGAGUUCCAGUCCUGAGGAGUUCUAUCAAGCAAGGAUUUAAUAACCUCAAGCUUGAUGGAGUAGAGUUCAGCAAAUUUAAGAAUUCUAAAAGGAGAAGGAUCAACUCCAAAUUAUUUAAGCAGAAAUAAUAUAUUCUCAAUUCCGAGAAAAUCUAUGAAGCUAUCUAGAGACCUGCUAACUCUUUUUCCUCAUAAACCAAGCCAAAAGUCUGAAAAGGUGAAUAAGUUCUGAGGCUCUAAUUCUCCAGUCAGGAUUCUGAAAAAUUACCAACGGCCAAGUAAAAUGCACUCUGAUGAAAAUAAACUGACCGAGAAACUAGGUUUUGACUUACAGGAUGAUUUUCAGCAUACCCUGACAAUUUUUAACACAUUGCAGCAUAUUCCAAAUAGGUUUUUGAACCAGGAUAUAUUUGCCAGGAUUAAAUCUCAGGAGAGAGAGAAGGAGGCUCAUGAUGUGUUUAGAGUUCAAGAAAAGGGACUUGCAAUUGACGAACAGAUGAUGACAAUAACUGAAGGAUUUCAAAAUUCCAAGAAAUAUCGAUACAUGAAUCAGAUUAAUGAAAUAUUUAAAACUCCAAGAUAUAACCUCAAAAGCAGAAGUGAUUAUUCAGAAUUUCAUAACAGAAUCAAAAUGAAUUGAUGGAGUCAACAGUCAAAGACUCAGGAGAGGGGUAAUAACCUAAAACCUUCAUCAAGGUACUCUCGGAACUCAGUGUAUUCAAUCAGACUGAGAAGCCAGAAAUCAUCCCUCGAUUUUCCUUCAAAAAAAGAUAAAGGGAGGAAUCAUUUCAAGUACUUUUUCAAAAGCUUAUCCUCUAAAAGAGUGAAUCUAUUUACAAGGACUGCCAAUAAGGCUCAUAAUAUGUUAAAGAAGAAAGUUUUGAAAAAAUAUUGAAAAAACAAGUAUCAUAGCAGUAAGAAAGCCAGGAAGCCAAUACCAUGAGAAAACACCCCAAAGAUGAUAGCCAACAACUCUGAGGUAGAAAUAAACUGACUGGAGCCUCGCUAUCAUGUUAAUACUAAUCGGAGUGGGCUGAAAGCUAAAGCAUAAUUUAAAAUACCCCAUUCAGCAUUCUUAUAAAAAAUGAAUGGAGUAAAUGAAACAUUCAGAAUUUAUCUUU